AUGGCGGAGCAACAAGAUAAUGCACAGUCAAUCAGUGCUGAUGAAAUCGCACUGUAUGACCGACAGAUCCGGCUGUGGGGAGUGCACGCACAAGAAAAAAUCCGAUCGGCGAACAUCCUCCUCGUCACUAUGAAAGCUCUCGCGAACGAAGUGGCCAAGAAUCUCGUCCUGGCGGGCAUCGGAUCACUCACUAUAAUCGACCACCAGGACGUCACAGAGGAGGACCUGGGCGCGCAGUUCUUCAUCGCUGAAGCACAAAGAGAGCAAGAUGUGAUUGGGAAGAACCGGGCGCAAGUCGCAGGACCGCAAAUCCACAAAAUGAACCCUCGAGUCAAGCUCAACAUCGACACUUCCGACGUCAAAACCAAACAACCCGAUUUCUUUGCGCAAUUCGACAUCACAAUCGCCACAGAACUCGAUUUCCUAACCAACACCACUGUGAACGCUGCCUGCCGAUUAGCCAACAGACCCUGCUACGCCGCCGGUCUACACGGCUUAUACGGCUACGUUUUCGCCGACCUAAUCAGCCACGACUUCGUGAUUGAGCGCAACAAAUCCAAUAUGGCCCCCGCAACCCAGGAAACACCCACCCGCAGCAUCAUAGACAUAACCACCAAAAAAGAACAAACCGACGCCAACAAGAAGGAAGACAAGAUCAUCGAGCUAGUCACCAAGCGCGAGGUGUACUCGCCACUAAUCCUCGCAAACACCUCCCCACUGCCGGAAGGGUACACACGACUCCCACGGCGUCGCAAGCAAGUCACCCCACUACUCAGCUGUCUGCGCGCACUAUGGGAAUUCGAAAAACUACGCGGCCACCGCCCGACCUUCACCCACGAAGACCUGGAACUAUUCACGAAGCUAUCGCGCGACCGACACCAGGAACUGAAGCUGGAGCCACUCACGCUGGACUCUGUUUUCCUACGGACGUUCCUCCAGAAUCUGGGCAGCGAGUUGAGCCCCGUUGCGGCGUUUUUGGGCGGUUCGCUGGCGCAGGAUGUUAUUAAUGUCCUUUCGGCGAGGGAGCAGCCGCUGCAGAAUAUGUUGCUGUUCGAUGGGGACAAGAGCGUUGGCCCGAUUUAUUCGCUUCAUCCUUUCUUCCCUGAUGAUGGUGUGGAGAUGGCUGCUGUGCCGCCGGUCAGGAACCCAGUUACGGUUCCUGUUGGAGAUUUGUGA